AACUGUCCCCAUGGCAACAACAUCCAGCCGUCAGUACGUCACUGCUGCUUUCUUUUGUCCAUGUAGCAUGCUGCUAAAGGGAGAGCUGCCUUGUUCCCUGUAGUUAAAACGAAAUACAGAUGGACCGCAGUUUGAAGCGCCGGCAGGUGAAGCCACUUGCUGCCUCUCUGUUAGACGCCUUGGAUUAUGACAGCUCAGAUGACAGUGACUUUGAAGUGGGAGAUGCCACAGGAUCAGACGGCACAGGAAACGGCAGUGACGAGGAGGGGUCUAAAGCUAGUGCUGCAGGUUCAGAGAGCGACUCGGAGAACGCUGGUUCUGCAGAAGAUGGAAUAGACGAAGAGGAGGCCAAAGACCUGGCUGCUGAGGACAACCUAACCGAGGAUGAAGAGAAGAGCAAGCAGCAGCCCUCCUCGGACAGCUCCACCAAAGACGCCUCCGCUGCCACACCACCCAAGAGCCGACGCAAGAGCAAGAAGGCGUCAGAGCCCGAGCCUCCUGCAGCUGCGGGUACUGAGUCUACCUCAACAUCAGGCUCGGGCAGUGUCAACGCUGAAGAGGCAGAGCCCAAGAAGUGGAACUUCCGCAGGAACCGGCCCCUGCUGGACUUCACCACCAUGGAGGAGCUCAACGAGAUGGACGACUACGACAGCGAGGACGAUAACGACUGGAGACCCACAGCGGGGAAGAAGAAAGGCAAAGCGGCCACUCAGAAAGGAGGGACUGAGGAAGAGGAGGGUGGAAGUGCCAGUGAUGAUGAUGAUGAUGACGACGACGAUAACGAUGACGACGAUGAUGACGACGACGACGAUGACGACGAUGAUGACGAUGAGAAGGAAGAGGGAGGUGAAAACAACAACAACAACAACAGCAGCAGUGACAGUGAAAAAGAGGUGAAGAAGCCCAAGAAGAAGGCGAAGAGCAGCAGCACUUUUGAUGAAGAGCUGACUAAUGACAGCAUGUCGCAGGGGAAGAGCAACGAGGACGCCUUGCUGGACCGGUCCCAGACCUGGAGCACUCAGCACAUCCUCAUCUGCUGCGUGUGUCUGGGAGACAACAGCGAGGACGCAGACGAGAUCAUUCAGUGUGACAACUGUGGGGUGACUGUGCACGAAGGAUGCUAUGGUGUGGACGGUGAGAGCGACUCCAUCAUGAGCUCAGCCUCUGAGAACUCGACGGAGCCUUGGUUCUGUGACGCCUGUAAGAACGGAGUGACUCCCAGCUGUGAGCUGUGCCCCAACCAAGACGGCAUCUUCAAAGAGACAGACGCCGGGAGAUGGGUGCAUGUGGUUUGUGCACUUUACGUUCCUGGUGUAGCGUUUGGAGACAUCGAUAAACUGCGACCGGUGACGCUCACGGAGAUGAAUUAUUCAAAAUAUGGAGCCAAGGAGUGCAGUUUCUGUGAGGACACCCGCUUUGCCAGGACCGGUGUGUGCAUCAGCUGUGAUGCAGGAAUGUGUCGCUCGUACUUCCACGUCACAUGUGCACAGAGGGAGGGGCUUCUGUCCGAGGCUGCUGCAGAGGAGGACAUUGCGGAUCCAUUUUUUGCGUACUGCAAGCAGCAUGCAGACCGCUUCGACAGGAAGUGGAAGAGGAAGAAUUAUCUGGCCUUACAGUCUUAUUGUAAGGUCUCUCUGCAGGAGAGAGAGAAGCAGCUGACUCCUGAAGCUCAGGCCCGGAUCACCACGCGCCUGCAGCAGUACAGAGCCAAAGCAGAGCUGUCCAGAAACACUCGGCCUCAGGCCUGGGUGCCCCGCGAGAAGCUGCCGCGACCUCUGACAUCCAGCGCCUCCGCCAUCAGGAAGCUGAUGAGGAAGGCGGAGCUUAUGGGCAUCAGCACCGACAUUUUCCCCGUGGACACGUCUGACGCUAACGCCAGCCUGGACGGACGCAGGAAACACAAACAGCCCGCCCUCACUGCAGACUUUGUCAACUAUUACCUGGAGCGGAACAUGCGAAUGAUCCAGAUCCAGGACAACAUCUCCGAGCAGAAGAGCCUGAAAGACAAGCUGGAGAGCGAGCAAGAAAAACUGCACGUGGAGUACAACAAGCUCUGUGAGACUCUGGAGGAGCUGCUGAAUGUGAACGGGGAGCUGCGAAGUGAAGGCCAGGCCAUGUGGACUCUGCUGGGGGGCAUCCUGGGUCAGAAACUGAACACUCCAGCUGUUCUGAAAGCUCCCAAAGAGAGGAAGCCCAGCAAGAAGGAGGGAGGAAGCCCGGGGAAGUCCUCCAGCCUGCCAGCAAUCCUCUACAGCUGUGGCAUCUGUAAGAAAAACCAGGACCAACAUCUGCUGGUGCUGUGUGACACCUGUAAGCUCUACUACCACCUGGGCUGCCUGGAGCCUCCGCUGACACGCAUGCCCAAGAAGACCAAGAACAGCUACUGGCAAUGCUCCGAGUGUGACCAGGCCAGCAGCGAUGAGGCCGAUAUCGCCAUGGAGACGCUACCUGACGGCACCAAAAGGUCCAGGAGGCAGAUCAAGGGACCAAUCAAAUUCAUCCCACAGGAGAUGUCGCCAGAGCCCAAGAAACAUCAAGUGAGGGGCACGAGAACCAGAGGACAGAAGAGGAAGAGAAUCCCCAUCUGUGAAGACAGAGAAGAUAAAAUUGAGGAACCACUGCCACGGGAACGCAGACAACGCCAAUCUGCAUUGCAGAAAAAAACACCCAAAGCCGACGACACGAGGACCGAGUGUACAACCUGCAAAGGACCGGGUGACAACGAAAACCUUGUGAGGUGUGACGAGUGCCAGCUCUGCUAUCACUUCGGGUGUCUGGACCCCCCGCUGAAGAAAUCCCCCAAGCAGACGGGAUACGGCUGGAUCUGCCAGGAGUGUGACAACUCGUCCUCAAAGGAGGAAGAGGAGGAGCAGCUGGAGGAAGAGGACUCUGUUAAAGAGGAGACGGCAGAGCAGGAGAUCCCCAACUGAACCUGAGCGAGGACACAAAACACACACACACGGCUCCCUCCGAGGCUUCACCUCCGAUCACAGCAUUUCAGUCCAGACUUUACAGCACACGUAACUUUCUACUAGCCUCCCAAAGUUUAACGACAGCCAGCAGCUAGCGUACUAGAGCACUACAGAUAGUUUAGCAAGAGGUGUAUUUUAGAAAACACAUUUUAAACCGUGAUAUCUUUAGAUUCAAAGAUAGAGUUUGUACUUUUUAUGAACAGAGCUGGACGGACGCACAGAUAUCAGACAUCCUCAUCCAGCCUCACACACACACACACACACACACACACACACACACACACACACACACACACACACACACACACAGCACUGUGCUUCAUCUACAGCAGAGACGUGUGUCUGACUGUUACCGCCCAGCCACAUGGUUUAAUCAUGACACUUUCCAUGUAAUCUAUUUUCAUACACUAAAAUGAUCCACACAGAGUAUCCUCAGUGUCCUGUUUACAAGGUGAAGCUGGCAGAGUGGGUGUGAGUCCGAUGUCAGCGGUGAACAAAAUGAUUUCCACUGUCAUCUCACUCCACAUCCGACUGGAGGAUUUUAUUUUUAUAAUUCAUGUAUAUCUUUUUACUCUCCCCUUUUUUGAAUAUCUACUUAUUUUCUCAUUUACUUCAGUUAUGCUUUUGUGAAGCUCUGUGUUCCCAAAAUAAAUUUGCUUUACAGUAUUUCAAAAAGGGGAAUCCUCGCUGUUUUUAAACCUGGGCUCCAUUUUCUUCAUUGUUUGGGGGGCUCUAAUGGCUUAACAGGUAGAUAAACAUCGGUGGCAUUUCUCCAGUAGAUUGCUGCAGCUGGCAGCCAUGAAACAGGCGGUAAUGGCUGCAACUUUAUUUUGAAAGUCCACAGAUAUCACUGGUAAUCGACGGGCUCAGAGGUUAGUUCUCAAAGUGGCUGACGACAUCAGUAAGAUCCUUUUCUUUAACCACAAUCAGAUGUUUCUUUGCUCCCUUCAAGCCGACCAAAUCAGUAGUUUGUGCAAAAAACACAGGAUUACCUCAUCCUGAUAGGUAGACGUUGGUGUUUUUGAUUUGUUAGUUUAGAUCCAAAUCUAAAUGAGUGUUGGACACAAUAAACCCGUUCUCGUCCAAUGACAUCCGCAAUCGACUCCAGCCCCAUGACUAUUGUAUGACAUGAGUCAGGACGCAGUAAAUUGCAGUAUCGAUGUUUUGUCCCACCCCUGAAGGGAACAACAAUCUGAGCCAGUCAGUGGACUAAAUAAGAACUUUAAUCCCCGUUUCUACCAAGUGGUCCGGUUCAGUUCGGUUUGCUAGGUACACAUUUAUCAGUUCGGAAGGGUACCAGAAUAACUGACCCGUACCGUCCAAAUUUUUUGCUACCUUUCUGUUGGGGGGGCCAAGCGUACCAAUCAGACCCUCAAGGUUAGAGCUAGACACACUGCAGUGCGUUGAUUGGUUGAAAAAAUCUUCACUUCCUGUGCGACAGCGGUAAUAAAGGACAAACGCACAAUGUUGAAAUAUUCCGCAGGUUUGGAGGGAGUCAUUUCAAGGCUGUUUUUGCCUCGGAGACGCAGACCUUCCUAAGAAUCAUUGAUCUUUGUCACGUUCUUCUUCUUUGCUGAAAGUAUUUGCUGUCUACACGAUGUCACGCCGCUGUGAUUUAGUGAUGUGAGUACUGUUGGCUGUGGAAACACAAACAAGAUCAGGGUUCACUGUACCAAACUGUACUGAACCAAAGCAAAGCGCUUGGUGGAAACGAGCGUACUUUUAGUAGAGUUUCAAGAAAUCUACUGGAGCAAAUUCAGAACUUUUUUUUAUUUUACCUCAAUGCCAUUUAGACCCUUAAAUUUGACAAAACUGUCCCGGUGUUAAAACUGCAAAGCUUCCCCUUCAAGUGUUACAUACCAACUAAUGUCCUUGUUGUAUAUGUUCUAAAAAUCAUUUGUGUUGGAGACGUGUCUCAAAGAUUGUAUCUACAUAAGUUGUAAAGUCUGAUUAGUUCGGGGUUGUUUUGAAUCGUUUUCUUGGCCAGAUGGUUUUUUGACCUGCUGGUAGUCUUUGGUCCAGACUUAAAGCUCCAUGGAAACGAAAACCCACUGCUGGAAAGACUUCAGAAAGAGAAAAUAAGUUGAAGCCAAAGAGGCUGCAAGGUGUUUUGAGUUUAUCUCAGAUCAUCUUACUCGUAAUGAGGUUUUUUUCGUUUAACUUUUACACUUAAACCUACAAAAAGUGAUGCGCUACAGUUUGUGUAAAACUCACGUUUCAUGAUCCAAACUGGAACUCUUACAAGAGGCAGAAAGAGAGGAUUGAAUCAACUGGAAGAAAGGCAGACACUAAAGUAGUGUUGUAGUCAAGACCACACUAACUGAGACCAAGACUAGAGCGCUCCGAGACCGAGUCAAGACCGAGAACAAGACAAGACCGAGAUCGAGACCAAGGCAGGGAGAGACUGAGACGAGACCGAGACAUUUAGGGAUCGAGACGGUGACGUCAACAGCGCCUUCCUAAAAAGUUGAAAGACUUCAAACUUUCAACGCGCUCGGCCGCAGGAAAAAAGGCGGAGUGCUCAGGAAAAAGACGAUGGGCGGUGUGCUUUUUGUCCGGGCGGCCGCCUGCUGCUGCAAACACUCUCUACUCACUGAAA